AUGCCCGGAAAAAGCACAGACUCACUCUCGACUGUGAACAAGUCCUUCGUGGACGAGGCGCCGAUGAACUGGGAAGACCUCGACAUCGGCGAAGAUCUUCUGACUGCCCUCCGGCGCAUGUUUCCUCCCGCCUUUGCAUGUCCGGCGACUCCGCCACUGAGGCGCGCGCUCUCGCGUCCUGGGGGGAUCAGCGAGAACGGGAAACUGUACUUCCCCGCUUUAACGGCGGACUACUUGAGAGAGCAGCGCGAGCUGGCAAACGACAUUUUGUCGGACAUUAUGAAGGCCGGCUCGCGGGCGUUGAAGCUCUACCACGGCGACACAUCAACGAGUGGGAUGGCGCGCAUCUUAGCGAUGCACAUCAACAAGACGCCUGCGGCAGUGGCUGCUGCGCCUCCGUUUCUCCAGACAGCGGCGCCGCUGCCAACGCCCAUCCGCGGCGUCGAACCCUACACGCCUCUGGCGGAUUUGCUGUCUCUCGGCUUGGAGGAGGCCCGGGCGCGGGAGCGCAGAGAGGCGGAGGAUGAAGUCGUCGAAGAGCGAGAAGGCGAGACCUCAGACGAGGAGGACCUCACGCCGACAGGAUUCGAAGAGGGCAGAGACCAGCAGGGAUCCCAAGCGCACCUCGAAGCUAACGCGAACAGUGACGCUGCCGUCGCUGACGACGCUGACGCUUAUCUGAGCCACCGCAGCGGGGCGUCAACGGCCCGAGAGAGUGCCGAAGAGAGCGACUUGCCUCAGGUCUUUUCCCGGAUCUGGUCGGCCUGGAAGCAAAGCUGUCCGGUGACGCUGUUCGACGAGGGCGUGGCUGCUGAGGGUCGCAGGGAGCUCGCUGUGGACUACGCGGGGCGCGUGUUUCUCUUUGCAGACGAAGAGAAGCAGAAGCGAUUUCUCGACGACCCCAAAACCUUCCUAGGUCGCGCUCCAACUCUAGAGGCGAAGAAGAUUGCCGUCGCGUUCUCGGGCGCAAAUCGCCGAGACGCUGUGAAGCAAGCGGCUCUGCUCGCAGACGCCUUCGGCCUCGCUGUCGUGGACGUUCACCUCGAGCUGCAUCGAGAGCAACAGCGAGCUGCGGCUUGGGACAGACGCAGAAGAGAGUUCGAGAAAAGACGCGAGGAGAGGUUCCGAGAGCGACCGCAGUGGAGGGAUGCCGGAGACAGAGACCGCAGCGUAGUCGGAGUGAGCAAGGAAGGAGAUGAGGGGCGAGAGCGCAAGGAGGAGCACGAAGAGAACACGCUGGGAGGUAGAGAUCAGAAGCUGGAGAACGCCGACCUGAGGAACCACCGCGAAGAGCCGGACGAACCUGCUGAGGAGGAACUUGAAGAACCUAUCCCGCCCAGUCCGCGAAUGUUUCAACUCACUGAGUCAGAGCGCGCUGCGCUCAGAGAGGGAAAACCACUCGGUGAGAACGGCGAGGAGACCAUCGCGCGAGUCGUAGCGCACAGCCUGGGUCUCGAGGACAACGUGCAGAUGCUGGAGGAGCGGCGGGCGGAAGAGGAGAGGCUGAGAGUUCUCAUCGAAGAGUUCGAGAAGAAGCAAGCGGACAGCGAAGAAGAGCUGGUCUUCCCAUCGGACAUCCCUGUCGAUCCGGAGACGCACGAAAUCACAUUGCCUCCUCUGUCGCUGUUGCGGCCUGCUUGUGGCUUUGUCAUUGUUCACCUGGGAAGAACGAAGCGAGAGGAGGAAGCCCUCGCACGAUACGGAGUAAAAAUCAAGCACUGGAUCCACUUUACCGCAGACGUCGCAGAGGAGGAAAAGGAGGCGCACCAGAUGCUUCAGGAGCUACAGGCAGAAGCGGACGCCGCUGCAGAGGCGAUCGAACAACUGCAGAGGCGCCGGCCUGCUGCUUGUCCAAACAGCAGUUUGCCGCAGCCUCGAAUCUCUCAAGACUUCUACGACCCUUUAGGACAGCAGGCGUCUCUGUUUUUGGACGGCAGUUUGGCGAAACGAGGCUUUUUUCCAGAAAAGGGAGACAUGUCGAGUCCCUUUGCCUCUUCUUCCUCGUCUGCGCCGCUAGCGGUUUCCUCCGGCUGGUCCCCGCGAGCAGAGACAGGAGGAGAGGGAGGCGGGGAUUCGACGAGGAGCCUCGCAAAUCAGAGAGACGAAGGCCAGACCGACGUGCCGCUGCAGAGAGUCCUCGCAGAAGGUUUGCCCGACGCUGAGCAAGAAGGAAGAGGGAGGAAUUGGGGGACAGGGACGCCACACGAGGAAGGUGCGGCUUUGGCAGUGAAGGAGCUUGCGCUUCUCACGCAAGAGGAAGAGCGACUGUUUCUUGAGUACGAAGAAGGACAACCAGACAGCGACCUCGAUGUGUCGAUGAUUCGGAUCUACACGCAUCUGUCGGACAUGGCGAAGCACUAUCGCAUUCGGCAGGCAAUCGAUCCCUUCUUCGUUGCUCCAGAUGAUCCUGAGACAAUUCCACCUCUGCCGGAUCUAGCAUCGAUCCUCGCACAAGUCGACGACUGCACCUCUCUGCACCUGGCUCCGAAUGACAGACGAGAAGCGCCCUACUCGACGUCCUUCCCCUUCCUUCCUCCGCUUCCUACCGUCUUCUAUGGUGAGACAGGUCACUACUGCCCUGUCAGCUUGAGGCGGCAGCAGUGGCUGUUGCCGGGAAAGCCUGAGUUCGCUGUCUCUGUUCAGCAGCGAAUCUACAUGUGCUACGACCGUCGUGCAAAGGCUCUGCUCUCUUUGAAUCCUCAUGAGUUCAUUCCGUCCUCUUACUUGGCACAACAAGAAGAAAGUCAGGACAGGUCGCAAAACACUCGCCUUGACCUCACAGGCCGAAGCGCUAUUGAAGAUGAAGAAGAAGACUUCUGCACCAAAGUCAAGAAAGAGGUGCACGUACCGCCUCCAAGGAUCGCCUUUCUCGGCUCGAUAGGCUCGGAGGUGUCGACCCACAUGGAGCUCUUCAAUUCCUCGGCCUCGCUGCCCGUGCUUCACUUUCCUUCGCAUUUCAGCCGCGCAUUAAAAAGGCUUCUUUUGCGUUACCGGAGACAGACAGAAAUGGCGACAAAGCGAGAGAACUGGCAGGAGAAGGUCGCGGAGAUGGGGAGACAAGGGCGCAGCGAGGGCGGGGAUAGCCAGGCGGCCGGCGAGCUGGUGGACGCAGAAGAAGCUCGCGCCGCGCCUCAAGAGGCGGCAGUGCGUUUCUCUGAGCUGGAAGACGAGAUGACUGAGGACGAGACGUCUCCUCAAAACUCCCUUGUCUUUUUCGACGUUGCUUCGCAAAACAGUGAAGGUGGAGCUUCCGGGAAAACGACCACCAUGGACAGACUCUACGGGCGAUUCGACUGGCAGCAAGACGUGUGGCAAGGCUGGGAGACCUUCGAUUUGCCGGAAAAAAAACUUCAACAAAUCCGCGUCGAAGCCGUUCGACAAGUGCUGCACAGCGCCAUGGGACCUGCUCUAAUUGACGGCAGCUCAUUCCUCCCGUUGCCGCCCGUGCAGCCGCGCCCAGAAGAUGAAGACGAAGAAAGGGAGCUUGCCCUCAGUGCCCCUUCCUUUGCGUCGCUCCUCGACGAGUCUCAGAGGCUUCCCGACGCUGUUGUUGUCCUCACAGCGAGCACUCAGACUGCUGCGCAGCGAACCCUUGACCUUGAAGAGAUUAAAAGGGAAGCGAUCGAAGCUGCCAAAAGGAAGCUGGCUGCUCGGCAAGAAAGGCAGCGGAAACGAGAAGAGCGAGAGCAGCGGCGCGCUAGGACUGAGGAACGCGGCGAAGACUUUGACGAGGAAGAACAAGACGAAGAAGAUGAAGAAGACGAAGAAGAGGAAGACGAAGGGACGGUCGACCCACUGGCGCGCGCAGCCGAGACGGCCGCAAAGGAAGCACUGAGAGACUUUUCUCGACGGAAAGCCAUGGAGGACGAGAUCGUUUUGCGAUCCGCGAAGUUGUUUGCAUCUGCACGCGUUCCCGUGCUCGUCGUCAACAGCGAGCGAACUGAGAAGACUGUUCAGCGUGCAAUCGGAAACUUUCUGCUUCCGUUUCUCAAACAUCGCCAGAGCCUUCUUCUCGCUCCCCAGUGCAUGCGUCUGGACAAAGCGAGCUGUGCCCAGUUCCUCAAAUCGGGGGUCGCGAAACAUUCCCGCUUCGGCGUCUUCUCCCCGACGGAUGUGGAUGCCAUGAUCUAUCCAGCGAGCCUGGACUCGCCAGUCCUCUUGAAUAGCCGCAUCUACUACCCCGGACCGACAAAGGUGCAGGCGGAGCAGUUCUGCAUGUUUCCGUCCUUUUUUCUUUCCUCGCCUCUCCCUGCACCUCGGCAGUGCGUUCCGCGUUGCUGCUUUCUCGGGCCGCCUCUCUCUGGGAAGUCACGAAUCGCUCGCUUGAUCGCCGACUGGUCAGGGGCGGUGUACGUGACGCCGCAGAAGGCUCUCAGGCAGUGCAUCGAGGAGGCAAAGUCCUCGCAGCUCGUGGAACAGGUGGUUCAAGACCUUCGCAGAGGCCGAGCUGUUUCGUCGUGCUGCCUGAUUCGGGUGGUUCACCAGCGACUGCGCCACUCCGAUGUGGUCCAGAGGGGCUUUGUUUUGGACGGAUAUCCAACGCACGUCGGCCAGGCGAAACGCUUCCAAGUUCUCGAGUCUCUCCAUCGCAUUGAAAUUCCGGCUUCCGGCCGUCUCCAGGACGACGUCCACCUCCAUGCGCCGUCGCCCUCGUCGACUCCCCGCGCUCCGUCCUCUCGACCGUCUUUGACUGGGGCAGACGCCGUCGCAGAGGCUGUGGGAGAAGCGAGCGAUGGAGAGCGAGGAGGAGGCGGAAGACAAGCAGGCCCGGCCAGCAGACGCGGUGGAGCCGACAAAGGGGGAGAGGGUGAGGGGAAUCCUGGAGAGGAGUUCGAGUCUGCCAGAGCAACAGAAAAAAGGGAAGGCGAGGUCCCUGAAGUCUUCAGAAAGCUGGCGCGAGAGACCUUCAGAAAGGCGAUGGAGACCAAACAGAAGAGACAAGGGGAGUCGGGCCGGAAGGACACCGGAAGGGGAGGUGACACCGAGAGAGAACGGGCGGAAAAGUGGAGGAGAUCGAGGUCGAGUGCAGAAGAAGGAACGCAUGCAAAAGAGACGGAGACGAAACCAGAGAAACUCACACGGCCUCACACCGCGUUGCUCGAGGAUGUGGCUCUCUCCAAGACGAACGGACAGAACAACACUCCCUCCAGUCGCGCGAUGUCUGAAUCGAAGCGAGGUCAGCGCGAGGAAACAGAGAAGGAGAUGUGUGAAACAGAGGAGAAGCUUGAAACAGGCGGAGGGGAAGAGGAGAGAGAGACUGAAGCCAAAAGCGAGAGGAGGGAAGACGACGGAGGAGGUCGGAGAGACGGAGACGAUGAAGGAGACGCAAACGAAGCGGAGCACGAAAGCAGAGAGGUUGGAGAAGACCCGGGGGAUCAAGAAUGGGAAGAUGACGAAAACGAAGAAGAAGGAGAGGCGGCAAACAGAGACGGUGUCUCCGUAGAUGAGAGGAAGAAGGACAAAGAUGUGGAGACAAGGAUCCAUCGAUGCGAAGAGCAGAGAGAAGAUGAUCACGAGAAGAGAGAAGAAGAGAAACGUGCGGCAGCGCUUCGUCUGGCUGCUCUGGAAGCCAGAAACCAACAAAGGAAAUCAAUGGACGCUCAAUCACUUCAAGAAGACGAAGCAUUGGAAGACGAUGAAGAUGACGAAAGCGCCAUCGACAUUGUUUUCAUCUUCCAAGCUGAUGAGCACCUCACCCUGCACAGGGCUGCAAAUAUUCACCGAGAGAUCCGCAACGAGUUCCCUGUUAACGACGAACGCGACUUCCAAGCUAAUCCAGCGUCUCAAAAGGAGAGGUGGUCGACCUAUCGAUCCACGAUCGCCCCUCUUCAGGCGCACUACUCGAGCACCUACAGCAAUGUCAUAUUGAUCCCGUCAGAGGCGAGCGUGUGGCGCCAAUUUGAAAUUGCACGGAAAGAAAUCGAAGGUUUCUGCAGACGAAAACACGAAUAUCUGCGACGCAAAGCAGCUGGAAUGGCAGCGCGCUGCUUUUUCACUGGACGAAAGCAAAGCAAAAUUCAGCAGCUUGUGACAGAGGCGCUGAAAACAUACUGCCCUGUGUGUUGGACCCUCGAAGGCGCUCUGAACGACGCGAGAGGAAUUCCUUUCUACCAGGCGGAGUUUCAGGGAGGCGUGUACUUUUGCUGUCGUGAGGGUCAUCUCGAGGCCUUCCUGAAGACUCCCUCGGCUUACAUUCGAGAAGGCAUCCCGAAAGAAUUGCCCACGCGCCUCGCGCUCGCGGAGCUCCAAAGCUUCGCUUCUCCGCCUCAAUUCCAGUUCAAGGGUUUCUGUAGUGUCGUCUUUGCUGAAGAGAAGCGAUUCGUGGAAGGCCACCAUGCCCUAGUGGCGAAGUACGUUGGUGAAUUUUGGAAGUUCAGCUCAGAGGAAGCACUUAGUGCAUUCCUCCUCUAUCCUUCCAAUUACGUUGAGCUGGCGAGGAACGUGCCGCCAGAAAAAGUGGAAGCCGAGGCGCUAAAAGGACCGAACCCCCCCAGGACCCUGCAGCAAAUUGCGCGAGACGGAGAGGCGAAAUCGCCUCCCCAGCCUGCGCUGACCAGCUUGGCCGGAGAACUGAAAGAUGCUCUAACGUUUCUCGAGAUUUCCACCGCCGAACUCCUCACUGAGGCACUGACAAUGGCAGGUUUGAAGCGGCCUGUCUUCCCCGGCCAGAGCUUCCGCCAGAGUGCGCUUCACUUUCUGGCGCUGUACCUCCAUGCUCACAACGUCCUUACUCCCCCGGUCUCUCACCGAGACGCGCUGCAGUCUCUGGAGAAUUUCGUUACAGAUUGUCGCCUUCCUUUCGACAUGCGCGACAAGAUUUUUGCCCUCUUCAGGCUCUUGCAAACACAGGAAGGGAGCAGGGCGCCUCUUCCGGGAGAGACUUGGACCAUCGUUGACGAGCUGCAAUACUUGAGGUGGACAGAACGCUUUGACGAGCUUUUCAAGGUCAAAGACCAUCAAAGUGGCAACGCCACCGUCCCCUUAUUUUCUGUGUAGAACCCAAAACGCGGACGGUGAAACAACAGAAAGAAGCCAGGAAGUGUACGUGCAUAUAUAUAUAUAUAUAUAUAUCUACAGUCAUCACCAUAUCGUUACAUAUAUGUCUCUGUGUGUAUGAUUUUGCAUAUUUGUACAUGAACCCGUCUAUCAGUGGACACGUCAGUGUAUCCAUGAUAUACUUAUAAACGCACACACAGAGCGCGUCAUCCUGCCUCCAACCACCUGGACUAGGAGACCCAUUACGCCGUUUAGCACGGGAGAUUUUAGCUCCGUGACUCAACAUGGACAGAAGCAGCGGAGAGGCAGAGGGGGAACGAUAUUCAAAGAGAUCGAGAAACGCAGAGACAUGAUGCUCUUUUCUACACACCUACGUAAUAUGACAAACCCGCUCUGGCGUCUUUUGCCGCAAAGCGAGAAACACCCAGACGCGAGUCGGCAAAUGGAACGAGGGAGGGG